UGCACGUGCCACGUCAACGGAACUCCUUCAACCUCCGCUCCGCUGGGCUUGGCUACCUCCACCGCCAAGCCGCCGCCGCCGCCGCCACUACCAUCCUUGAGCCAUCGCCCCACCGUGGCCGCCACCGUCCGCGGCAAAGUUGUUGAGCUUGUCGCCGGCAACCAUGGACGAGCCAAGACUUGAGCUGAAGGCUGUUAAGCAGCAAACCAGAUCUGGCUGUUGAGCGACAGUCGAUCACCGCAUCCAGGCCAACCUCCGCGUCCACCCUCUCCGUUGUCCCGGAGGCUAAGUCUUGGCCGCGAGCGCUCGUCCACAGAUAUGGAGAUGCAGAGUAGCGGUCGGCCAUGGACGGCCUCUCGUCCACAACUCUGAGCGACGACCUCCGCGGCCAAAUCUGGCGUUCUUUCAAAAACCUCGCGGCCAUGGACGGUGGCUCGAGUCAUUUGACCCUACCGACAGGAUGAAGUUCUAGGAAUGAAGUCCUGUGAACCGCGUGGGGUUUUCUUGAUUUGUGUUUCAAGAUGCCUACUGCUCCAGAUUUGGAUUUCGUUGGUGAAUGAACAGAGGAAGAAGAAGCGCUCGUCCAUGGCCGACCUCCGCGCGAUUUAUGGACGAGCCACCGUCCAUGGCCACCCAACCUGCUCAAGUCAUGGCUUCAGAUCUGGUGUUCUCUCGCGGCCAUGGAUGGUGCCUUGAGUCAUUUGGCCCUAGUUUUAAAGUUCGGCCACCUAUUGCUCCAGAUCUGGAGUUCGUUCGUGGAUAAACAGAGGAAGACAAAACGCUCGUCCAUGGCCGACCUCUGCGCGAUUUCUGGACGAGCCACCGUCCAUGGCCACCCCUCCUGUGCGUCUUCAGAUAUGUGAUGAGAAGUCCUGCCGCCGUCGCCAGUGGAUGAGCGGCCGUCCAUACCGGCCGCCGCCGUCCAUGGAAACCCAGAUGAAGGAGUGCAUUGUUGAAGAAGGAAGAAAAAGAAGAAAUUCCACAUUUUUUUUAAUACACAUCAGCAGCUAUGUGUCCAUUUAUUAAUGGAUGAGAGUACAAUAUGCGUGUCCUGUCAGCCGUUCACGUGACGCGUGCAAAUCACUGAAUAUUUUUUUGAGGAGGGAGAGAGAUGGAUUUCUUCGUCGAUGGGAUGCGGAGAGAGUGGAAGAAACGCGGAGAAGAAAGACCAACACAACACUAAUAAUUGGAACCUCGUUUUGGGUCCACCUCCUUUAAUUUCUUGACUUUCCAGCCAUUUUUUCCGUUGACUGACAUGGGCUUUUCUAUAUAAGACGAGGCGACUCCCAAGUCUCCAAGCAAGCAAGGAUUGUCCAAUCUCUUCUAAUCCUUUUGUACAUUGCGCCUCCUCCCCACCCACCCAGCAAUUCUUUACCAAUUUCUCUUUGCCCAAACACAAACAGAGGCAUGAUGAGUGCUCUCGGCUCCAUGAAUAUCUGUCAAGUGUUGCUACUCACUCUUGUGUUGUUUCUAGCGAUGACUAGUAAUGUUGAGCCAAGUAAUCGGCGGAGCGUUUCAUCCUGUGGUGACAUUCAUAAUAUAAGCGACCCGUUUCGAUUGAAGAGUAACCCGAACAGACGGGGUGUCUCCAUAUAUGACCUGGCUUGUGAAGAUAGUCACACUGUUGUAUAUUUGCUUGGUGGCCGAUACUAUGUGCAGUUUAUCAAUUAUACUGCCAAACAAAUCAGAUUAGUCGAUGACGGACUGCAAAAGGAUAACUUCUCGUCUCUCCCCCAUCAUUCAUUGUUGGGGAAUUGGGACACGUACACUCGGCAUUCAAGCAAUUCAUACUACAAGGGGAGCCAAAGUAACAGCCCAAGUACGUUGGUUAUUGUGAAUUGCUCAAAGCCGAUAAAUUCUUCAUUCUACAUCUCUACCAGUCCAUGCAUUGAGGGGUCUUACUCUUCCAACACAUCAUUGUAUUGGAACUUGUAUGCUUUGCCCAAUCCAAUAGCAUCAGAUGUUAGGGAUGUUUGCACCAUUCACGGGUGGACGUGGGUAUCAUAUUAUUUUGGGGGUGAAAAGCAGAUUAAUAGUAACUCCUACAACUACGAGCGUAUCCAUAACAUCAUGGCCGAUGGAUUUGUUCUCGACUUUUAUUCAACUACAUGGAAGUCAGGUUUCUUUUGCUCCUUUGAUUUCGACAGCAUCUACAGACGUCAGGUUUGCAGUUCCUACUUCUUCGACUACGAGGGCGGAUUCCUAGAUGAACUCGCCUUUCUGACAACUAUAGAGUUUGGAGUACUACUAGUGCAAUUUUGCGUAGUGAAAUUCGUAAUCGGGAUGCCAGUUGUUGCGAUAUUUCUUAUCUACAAGUGCAGAAGAAGGCACUUAGCAAUGGACAAGAAUGUCGAAGAAUUUUUGCAAGCUCAUAACAACUUUUUGCCCAUAAGAUACUCCUAUUCGAAUAUUAAGAAGAUCACCAGGAAUUUUAGGCACAAAUUGGGUGAAGGAGGUUAUGGUUAUGUGUACAAAGGAACGCUUAGAAGCGGCAAUGAAGUAGCCAUCAAGAUUUUAAAGCAAUCCAAGGCUCAUGGCCAAGAUUUUAUCAGUGAAGUUGCUACUAUUGGAAGAAUUCACCAUGUUAAUGUAGUGCAACUUGUUGGUUUUUGCUUUGAAGGCUCGAAACAAGCUCUCGUGUAUGAUCUCAUGUCAAAUGGGUCUUUGGAUAAGCACAUUUUCACUGAUGAAGGUGUUAAGUUUCUCGGUUAUAGGGGAAUAUAUGAGAUCGCUCUUGGGGUGGCGAGGGGGAUUGAAUACUUACAUCGUGGGUGUGACAUGCAAAUAUUACACUUUGAUAUCAAGCCUCACAACAUUCUUUUAGACCAGCAUUUCACUCCGAAAGUUUCUGACUUUGGACUAGCGAGACUUUAUCCUACUGAUCAUAGCAUAGUCUCAUUGACUGCAGCAAGAGGAACCUUGGGAUAUAUGGCGCCUGAGUUGUUCUACAAAAAUAUUGGCGGUGUAUCUUAUAAAGCGGAUGUCUAUAGCUUUGGGAUGUUGCUCAUGGAAAUGGCAGGUAGAAGGAAGAAUAUAAAUGCAAAUGCUGAACACUCAAGCCAAAUUUAUUUUCCCUUGUGGGUGUAUGACCAAGUCAAUGAAGGAGAAAGUGUUGAAUUGGAAGAAGUUGUAGAAGAGGAAAGGAAGGUGACGAAAAAGAUGAUAAUAGUUGCACUUUGGUGUAUACAAUUAAACCCUGACCAUCGGCCUCCAAUGAGCAAAGUCUUAGAAAUGCUUGAAGGAGAUAUUGGUAAACUUCAAAUGCCUCCAAAACCGCUUAUUUACCCACCAGAUGAGCCAUGCAACAAUGACAAAUCCGAGAUGGAACUAGAAACAUUCUCAACUUCAUCAAAUGGUCAGAUAAGUUAUGCUAAUUUUCCUUUCGGAGGUAGCGAUGAUGUUUAGAGACUCGUGCAUAGUUUGAUUGGAAAAGCAUCGUGUAUUUUGUUAUAUGUCCCCACAAUUUAGUAUUAUGUUGGGAGGGACUUAGGCUAGUUUAGGUCGACAGUGAUUACUUUCAAAUUUUUC